AUGCCAGUACCAAGUGUCCAUGCAGCAAUCCGAGGCAGUGGUGGCAGCAAAUCUUCCGUAUCUGAAGGUGUGGAGACCUCUGUUAUCUAUGUUCGUUUUAAAGCAGCAGCUGGAGAGAUAAAAAGCAUCGUGCAUCAAAGGAUCUCGGAAUUUGCCAAAAAAGAGGAGUUGCCAUCAUUGACUAGGUCUGGAUGUGCAUACCUAGUGCAGGUAUGCCUUCAUGAGCACCAACUAUUUGUUCAUUUUUUCCCAUCUUCCUCCGAGGACGUGUCUAGUUUGUCGCCAUUAAUAGAUCCUCUGUCCACUUAUUUGUAUGAUACUCUCCGGCCGAAACUUAUCCAUGAAGAAAAUCUCGAUUUUCUGUGUGAACUUGUUGACAUUCUGAAAGUAAAAGUGCUAGGAGAACAGCUCAGUGCAAGAAGUGACUCAUUAGCUGGGCUACGCCCCACACUAGAGAGAAUAUUGGCAUACGUUCACGAGCGGUUAACUUUCCGUGCUCGUACACAUAUUCGUGAUGAGAUAGCAAACUAUAUUCCUUUCGAUGAUGACCUAGAUUACCCUGCAAAGCUUGAGCGAUCUGCUGAGACUGAACCUGCAACUACCUCGGCCGACGAGAACCCAGAUCUUUUCAAGACAUGGUACCCACCAUUGGAGAAAACCUUAUCAUGCCUGUCAAAGCUGUAUCGUUGUUUAGAGCCUGCUGUUUUUACUGGUUUAGCUCAGGAAGCAGUAGAAGUUUGCGCAACAUCCAAUCAGAAAGCGAGCAAACUUAUUGCUAAAAGAUCAAGUACAACUGAUGGGCAACUUUUCCUCAUCAAGCAUCUUCUUAUCUUAAGGGAGAAGAUUGCACCAUUUGAUAUAGAAUUUUCUGUCACACACAAAGAACUAGAUUUCUCUCAUUUGCUGGUUAAAUGUAAGGCGGCUUCUCUAUUUGACUGGACAAGAUCAACCUCGUUGGCAAGAACUUUAUCCCCCCGGGUUUUGGAAAGUCAGCUGGAUGCCAAGAAGGAUCUGGAGAGAAACCUCAAAACCACUUGCGAAGAAUUUAUAAUGUUGGUCACCAAGCUAGUUGUAGAUCCGAUGCUUUCGUUUGUGACUAAGGUGACAGCAGUGAAAGGUGCAUUAUCCUCAGGCAGCCAAGAUAGAAAACCGGACUCAGCUUUGGCAAAACCCCUCAGGACUCGAGCCUUCGCUACUCCAGAUAAAGUGACUGAGCUUGUUCAGAAGGUAUCCUAUAAUGUCCCACCAAUUAUGAUGGUUUUUAAAAUGAUUUCAUAUAUCCGAGGUUGA